CAUCCCAGCUACAUCCCAAAGUGCUGGUGGGUGUGACGAUCGAAGCGGUUGCGCACCUAAGCAAUGUCCGAUACAUAGGGUCACAGGUUCGAUGUCUUUGGCUUGCAUUCACCCAAGAAGCGUCCCAGCAAAUCCAUAACGCCGAAGAACUCGAGAUGAUUUCAAGAAGCGUCACUCGAGCCCUGAGCAUGGCACGCCCGAGAGCAGAUGCUUACAGCCUGCUGCCGUGCGCUACUUCUCGAGCCCUUGCCAGCAUCGCGCUCAGUCCAGGCCUGGGAAAGGAUAGCCCUCAUCACGUGCGGAUUGUAGAAGUGUCUCCUCGAGAUGGACUGCAAAACGAGAAACAAGUCGUCCCGCUGACCACCAAGCUUGAGCUGAUUCGAAGGCUGGUUGAGGAAGCGGGCGUCGAGACUGUGGAAGCGGGCUCUUUCGUCAGUCCCAAGUGGGUUCCUCAGAUGGCAGAUUCUGCAGCUGUGCUAGAGCAAAUGACGGUCAAGCAAGGCGUCUCUUAUCCCUUCUUGGUGCCCAAUGACAGGGGCUUGGUCAACUUCCUGGACAUGGUCGGGCCCAAAGGUCGAGCGGCCGGACGCUCAGACGAGAUUGCCAUCUUCACAGCCGCGACCGACGCCUUCACCAAAGCCAACACGAACUGUACCAUCCAUGAAUCCUUGGAGCGGUUGUCCAAGGUGACCAGCAAAGCGCUAGGGCAUGGGAUUCGGGUGAGGGGUUACAUCAGUGUCGUCGCGGACUGUCCGUACUCGGGAAAGGUCAAUCCUGCAGACGUCGGAAAAAUUGCAAAGACGCUGCUGGAGAUGGGAUGUUACGAGAUCAGCCUAGGCGACACUACUGGUGCAGGGACACCAGGUCAGAUGCUCAAUGUGCUGAACGAGUGUACGCGUCAUGCACCUUCUGUGCGCUUCGCCGCGCACUGCCACGAUACCUUUGGAUCAGCAGUGGCAAACGUAUUAGCGAUGGUCAAUGCAGGCGUAAGAGUGGUCGACGCAGCUGUUGGUGGCCUCGGUGGCUGCCCGUACUCGCCGGGCGCUAGCGGCAACGUUGACGUCGAGUCCGUGGUCUAUGCGCUUCACGAAUCAGGGUACGACACUGGCCUCGAUCUUGACGCUUUGGCGCAAAUUGGCGCCUGGAUCUCACAACAGCUCGAUAGACCCAAUGGUAGCAGCGCAGGUCGCGCUAUCCUUGCUCGCGCGAAAGUCAAAUCUCAGAGCGCAAAGCAAAGCAAGCUGUGAAUUCGUUGUGCAUUGCACAGAAGGCUGUGCAUUCUCUGUCCCGGACAGGCUAUGAUCAUCGGGCCCCCACGAGCUCUAUUCAUCGCAGCGCGUAGCUCGAUCCAAUUACUGGUCGAUGCAGAAUGUGCAUGAGAUUCACGGAGCAGCAAGCGCACAUCGAGAGGCGCAUCGAAUGAGUCCGUGUCGUCCAAAUAUGACGAAGCAGGCGGUAC